AUUAUCGUAUAAACAGUUGGAACCUAGUCAGCUUUAAAAACAAAAUAAUUGUUGUAAAAUGGAGCAACGAUAUCAAGUGGUUUAUAAAAGUGUUGGUGAAAAUAUAGAUGGGAAACUUCUAUUGAAGAAAGAAGAUGGUCCACAAAGGAAAAAUAGAACCUUUCUUUAUCUUUCAGCAGUCAUAGCCAAUUUAUUUGUAUUCAGCGUAUCGAGUCUAUUCAGUUGGUCUUCACCUGCAAUAGAAAAAUUAACUUCAAAUAGUUCGGAUAUCAAUCCAUUGGGAGAACCAAUAACAGCAGUACAAGAAUCAUGGAUAGCCUCUUUACUGCAACUAGGAGCAGCAAUUGGCCCGCUUCUAUUUGGAAAGAUCUCUGACAUAAUAGGAAGAAAGAAGACUUUAUUAGUAAUGGCAGUCCCAAACGUCAUUUGUCUGUUAACAAUAUGUUAUGCAAGAAGCAUAACCAUUUUUUAUAUAUGCAGGUUUAUGAAUGGUCUAGUCACAGGAAUGGCAUUCGCUAUUACACCAGUAUAUCUUUCAGAAAUCGCAGAAGUACACAACAGAGGAGCGAUCUCAAACUUGAUGACUUUCUUCAUGAACUCAGGUGUUUUGUUUAGUUUUUUGUUAGGACCGUUCUGUUCUCUUAAGCUUCUGACAUUUUUCUGUGCCUUACCUUCAAUUUUGUUUAUUAUUUUAUUUGGUAUGUUCAUCCCGGAAAGUCCAAAAUUCCUAGUAUCUGUGCAUAAGGAAGAUGAAGCCAAGGAAGGUCUAAAAAAACUGAGAAUGACAAAGGACGUUAAUGAUGAAUUUAAAGCAAUAUUAGCUUCAAUUGGAGCUUCAAAACACCAAAAAGGCGCUUUAGAAAUAUUUAAAGAUGCUAGAUCUAGAAAAGCUCUGAUUAUAACCAUAGGAUUAAUGUUUACUUGUCAAUGUUCUGGAGUUAAUUCAGUUAUAAGUUAUCUUGAUACUAUUUUUAAAGUAUCUGGUUCUACUCUACCACUCUACUUUUUGACAAAUGCAGUGGCAGUUAUACAAGUUGUCGGAAAUUGUAUUUCGGUAGUAUUAAUAGAGAAAUUAGGAAGAAGACUUCUAAUUUUGACAUCGGCAGUAUGUGUUUUAAUGACCGAAAUUACACUUGCAGCUUACUUUUACCUCAGAGAUGUUCAACAUUACAAUAUGGAUGCGAUAUCCUGGUUACCAGCCGGCAGCACAAUUGCCUUCAUCUUUGCUAUAAGCUUAGGGGUAUCUCCACUACCGUUUACCAUUGUGGGAGAGAUCUUUCCUCAAAGUACUAAAGCUUCCGGGGCAGCUCUUGGUUGCUGUGUUUUAUUUAUUUUUUCUUUUGCUGUCACGUUCACUUUUAGGGUAUUUAUGAGCUUGUAUGGCAUAGCUAUUUGUUUCUCUUUGAACACUUGUUUUGUGUUUUGUGGUAUGCUCUUUAUUUACUUUGUUCUCCCCGAAACGAAAGGAAAAACUGAUAGCGAAAUUCAAAAAUUGUUAACAAAGUAAAUAUUAGGCCUGGAUCCCGAGUGCCAAAAAAAAGUUGAUUAAUAGCAAGCUAAAAAUUUGUUAAUAGCUUAACGGUGUCUAGUCGGACAAACUUUAAUGUAUGGGAACACUGGAACAGGGGAAGUUUUAAUUGUGGAACGUGAUUUUAAUUGUGGAACGUGUCAUCCUGACAAGUUUAUGAUUGUGAAAACUAGCAGGUUCUUUUUAAGCUUAUUUAAUACCAAACUUUAUGUAAUAUAUGAAAAAAUGUUUGCCCGACAAAUAUGUUGGUCAUUUUAAUAAGUCCUACACCUAGAACAUUUCAAUUGGCCAGAAAUAUGUUGGUGAGGAACAGCAGUCUGGGUUUUUCAUGAGAUUUUAAUGAAAGGUUAUCAAAUCAUAUAGAAGUUCUGUCCGACAAAAUACAUGGGACGUUUUCGUAGUCUGACGUUCCAAAUUUGUAUUCCACAAUUAAAACUUCUCCUGUUCCAGUGUUCCCGUACAUCAAAGUUUGUCCGACUAGACACCGUUAAGCUAUUAACAAAUUUUCAGCUUGCUAUUAAUAAACUUUUUCUUUGGUACGCGGUAUCCAGGCCUAUAUGAGAUUAGGUGAAAAUAAUCGGUCUUCUUCUUAACGUGCCCUAUCAAGUCCCCUUGACUUUGGCGAUUAACAUGGCGAAAUUGUCUCUGUCUCGAGCUAUUCUAAAUAGUUGUUCUGCUUUCUUUAUUCCUGUCCACUCCCGGAUAUUCUUCAACCAAGAGGCCUGCUUUCUACCAAUUCCUCUGCGUCCUUCGAUUUUACCCAUCAUAAUAAGUUGAAGAAUAUUAUACCGGUCUCCCCUUACUACGUGUCCAAAAUAGGCCAUCUUUCUAUAUUUGAUGUUACCAAGCAGCUCGCGGGUAGCAUUUGCUCUCUUAAGGACUGCCAGAUUUGUCAGCAUAGCCGUCCAUAGUAUUUUCAGAAUACGUCUGUGCAGACACAUUUCAAAGGCCUCCAAACGGUUAAUGGUGGAUAUUUUUAAUGUCCAUGCUUCGACACCAUACAAGAGGACUGACCAAAUGUAGCAUUUAAUCAUGCGCUUUCGAAGUUGAAGUUGCAAGGUAUCAUUACAGAAGAAUGACCUCAUUUUUAAAAAUGUGCGGGCUAUCUCGAUUCUUAUCGGGUAAAAAUAAUCGGUACUUACAACAAAAAUUAUAUUAUGAGGUAGUAGGAUUAGUAAUAUUUAAGUCCAUUAUAUAUUACGGUUUUUUAUACAAAUAAUUUUAAGAAAUUUUGUUAUUCGUAUGAAUUAAAUAAUAAUGAUAUUAUGUUUUGUUUAUUUUUAUUUUUUUUUUAACAGCGCAGUUACUCCAACUAAAUUUUUUGUCUUUUCUCCUAAGUGUCCAUCCUUUGGGGGAUGCCUCACAACACGGUAUGGCCUAUUUUACUUACUUCUUCUUAAGGUGCCUUCUCCAUUACUGAAGGUUAGCUGUCUUCUUCUUCUUUAAGUGCUAUCGUCGGCAAUCAUCAUAGCUAUUCAGAUUUAAGAGACGGCUGCUCUGAAAAGUGCCACGAUAUUCUUCGUCUGCCUAUGUUUCUUUUUCCUUGAAUAUUUCUCUGCAUAAUCAAUUGGAGCAAGUUGUAUCUCUCUCCACGUGUAAUAUGUCCGAGAUAUUCCAAUUUUCUUCUAUUGAUGGUACAUAUUUAAUAUUUCCAUUUCUUUAUUCAUGUUUCUCAGAACCUCUUUGUUUGUGAAGUGUUCUGUCCACGAUAUUUUCAGAAUUCUUCUGUACACCCACAGCUCGAAUGAUUCUAGUUUUUUCAUUGAUGCAGCAUUCAAGGUCCAAGCUUCCAUUCCAUAAAACAAAGUCGAGAAAACGUAACACCUAGCCAACCUAACUCUUAGCUCCAACUUCAAAUCUCUUGUGCAGAGCACUUUUCUUAUUAUAGGUUGGCUAUAACUACAGCAAAUUGCUCUCUAUCUUGAGCGGUUCUUAGUAUCGAAUGUGUGUCCAUGCCUGUCCAUUCUCUUACGUUCUUCAGCCAGGAGCAUUUUUUUCUUCCUGAACCUCUUCUUCCUUCCACUUUCCCUUCUAUUAUGCGGCGUAAACAGUUAUAUCUUUCUUCUCUGUAAAUAUGUCCUAGAUAACUCGAUUUUCUGUUUUUUACAAUAUUUAGGAGUUCUCUCUCAGUCCCCAUUCUUCUGUAAAAAUUGUAAAAAUAGAUUUAGUAGUUUAGUAAAAAAUGUAAAAAUAUAAAAAAAAAUAUCUGUAAUCCCAUCAGGAAAAAAACGACCUGUAUUAGUCACUAGAGGCCAGGUCAUAUGUAUGAACAAUAAAUAAAUAAAAAAUAAAUAAAUAAAUAAGUCCCCA